AUGUGGUGCCGUGGAUCGGGGCUUUAUUCGCAAAAAUCCACACUCACAACUACAACUUACAAAUCCCAUCGACUCGCGGCGUCAAAGGACAUUUUCACAUCUUUCUGCUCUACCAACUUGUGGCAGCUGCAUGCGAAUUCUUCAAAAGACGCUUCACUUCACUUGGUUGUGCUCAAAGCUGCUCAGUUUCAUCAACUUCCUCAUCACGACGCCUGCAGUCGUUGUGCUCAGCUCGACAAUGCAGACGAGACAGAUUUAUGA